UCUGCCGUUCCUCGUUGCUCCUUCCAUCAGAAUAGUACGACGCCAAGCCAGAGCAGCACACAAGACUCACUAGUCUUCUAAUAUUUACCUGCGCCUGCCCUUCCCCAGGGCUUCAACAUUCACUACUUUGCUCUCUUCACCCAGAAUCCCAUCGCCAGCUACACCAUGUCGACAGAAACACAGUCCCUCCCGACCAGGGAGAGCACAGCAACUCUUACAAGAACCAUCUCAGAGACACAGACAUCUGAUAACACAACCGCCCAGGUCUACACCCGGAAUCCAUCUUGCGACAGCACAAUGUACGACGAAUUUCCUGAAGUGGUGGAUACCAAGAGGGUAGAGCAGCAGGAGGAGGACAAUGUCCCGGCAUUGCCUCAGAAGAGUGCCCUGAGGGCUUCAAGGUUGCUUGACAGCUUGGUUCAGCUCAAGAUGAGUGGGACGGUUGAGACUGCCGAGUUGGAAAAGCCGUCUCCACUCGGCGACGUCUAUCUCUCUUCUGAGGAGGAUGCUUCCUCAGACACCGACAGCCUAUCCGGCUACGAGUCCAGCAACGAGAAGGAAGCCUCUACCGCCACACCGACAUCCCGACGAGGUAGCCGUGAAGACACUGCGCGUGUUGUUUCGGUUAUCUUUUCUGGCAGGCCCUCGAUCGUCGACCUCACCACCCUCAGGAGGGGUUCCGCAGCGCCGAGCCUAGGCCACAUGAGGAAGCGGUCAAGCACAGUGUCCUGCAACAUCCCCAUCGAGCGGACGAUCACACCAGCCAGCCCCAUGUCAGCUUUUGCCCUUCCCGAAAGGAAGAGCAGUCUUCCCAUCGAUAUGAUGCCCAUGAGGAAGCCUCAGUUUCUCAACGUUGACCCGUUCGCAAACGGCAGCUCCUACUCGCUGGAUGUUCCCAGAGCCGAUACUCCAGAGGAGGCAACAAGCCCGGCGAGAUCACCGAGGACACCAACCAUGAUUCUGUUGAAGGGGGUUACGAGGACCUUCAGCCUCGUCAGGAAGAGGAGCCGUCCGGCGCUGGCGAGCCCCCAGCCACCAUCGGAGCACACCACACCGCCUCCCUCAAGACACUCUAUGAAGCCACCACCGUCUCGCAGCAGCAUGAUGCCGCUCUCUGUGACCACUCCUCUUUCCGAGGAGACUCCCGAGCAGCUUAUCGUCCCGGGAUCCCCAGCAACCUCUGACAAGUCUUCGAGGAAGAAUUUCAGAAUGUCCUCGCCAUUUGGACCAUCCCCAUCACCACAGUUCCCAUCACUGCCUGAGGACGCUUCGCCCGUCUCUCCUCUUUCUCCCACCAGUGUCCCGAGGAGGGGACUCCUCAGCGGGUUUGCGGCAAGGCGCAAGAGCAUCAAGUUUACGGGGAGGAUCAACAUCGCAUAAAGCGACGAAGCAGCAUGUACCAACCAGACUCUGAUAUUUUUCACGGCAUAUUGCAAGCAUGGCGAUUUGAAGCUUGGGGAGCGGGCACAAUCCGCAGCAUCGCAUACAACAGGAGACGGGGUUUAAUUGGGAGACCUUGAUACGGAAAAGAGACGCAGACGGGAAUGACUUAGACACACAACACACACACAUUGACGGAGCAGAGGGGAGGAAUUUCUCAUGGCUGCGCGCAAGCAUGUUUCAGCACAGCAGGCCGGCGGUCU